AUGUACGCACAGGGGCUGCUGGGGCUGGCGCUGCUGCUGGUCACCUCGGUGCCGGCCGGUCACCUCGCGCCGCCGGCUGGCCCCCUGGCCCUGCGGAGCAGUUUGGGUGGUCCUACUUUGUGCCAGCUGUCCCGGACUGAGUCGGAGCUCAGGUGCCGUGUCCCAGGAGGGAAGUUGUGCAAUGACAGAGGCACAUGUGAGUGUGGAGUCUGCAUCUGCCAAGUGACUGAGUCGGGCAAAUACUACGGUCCACUCUGUGAGUGCCAUGACUGGGUGUGCGAGACCUAUGAUGGGAAGAUCUGUGCUGGACAUGGAAAGUGUGACUGUGGGAAGUGCAAAUGUGAUGAAGGCUGGUAUGGUGAAGCCUGUCAGUAUCCAACUACUUGCAAUCUUACACGGAGAAAAAGCAAUGAAAUGUGCAAGAAUUCUCAAGAUAUCAUCUGUUCUGGUGCAGGCACGUGUCAGUGUGGCAGGUGUAAAUGUGCAAACACAGAAGGAAAUGGACUGGUGUAUGGCAAAUUUUGUGAAUGUGAUGACAGAGAAUGCGUAGAUGAUGAAACAGGAGAGAUUUGUACAGGCCAUGGAAAGUGUUACUGUGGAAACUGUUACUGUGAGGCUGGUUGGCAUGGAGAUAAAUGUGAAUUCCAGUGUGACAUCACCCCCUGGGAGAUCAAGAAAAGAUGCACAUCUCCAGAUGGCAAAAUCUGCAGCAACAGAGGCACAUGUGUAUGUGGGGAAUGCACAUGCCAUGAUGUAGACCCAACUGGUGACUGGGGAGAUAUUCAUGGAGAUACUUGUGAGUGUGAUGAAAGAAACUGCAAAGCAGUGUACGAUAGAUAUUCUGAUGACUUCUGUUCAGGUCAUGGACAGUGUAAUUGUGGAAGAUGUGACUGUAAAGAAGGAUGGACUGGGAAAAAGUGUGAGCAUCCACGUUCUUGUCCAUUGUCUGUUGAGGAAAGUGCUAAGAGAUGCCAAGGAAAUUCUAAUUUACUUUGCUCUGGAAGAGAAUAUCUUACUACUUUCCUUGGGAUAGCACAAUUGCCCAAAUGCCGCCGCCACCCUACCGGACCCCGGAUCAGCAGGAACAACAGGCCCUGUAGGCCCAGCCAGGCCUCAACUCCCCCCACAGGAGCGAGACUGGCCUUGCGGGAGUCUGCUGUGUCCAAAACUCACCGGAAGGGAAGAGAGAAAGAGGCUUCUCUCUCCAUCUGUUUAUAUGCUGGAUUACGGAGAUGUGAAUGCGGCCAAUGCACUUGUUUCCCUCCAGGAGACAACAGAGUUCAUGGCAAAAACUGUGAAUGUGAUGAUCGACAGUGUGAAAAUGCAGAAGGAGAUGUCUGUGGGGGCCAUGGCAUCUGCUCAUGCGGCCGAUGCAUUUGCCAGGAUGGGUGGUUUGGAAACUUGUGCCAGCACUCAAGGAAGUGCAACAUGACGGAGCAGGAGAGCAGAAGUCUCUGCGAGUCAGCGGAUGGCAUAUUAUGUUCGGGGAAGGGUUCCUGCCACUGUGGAAAGUGCAUCUGUUCUCCCCAGGAAUGGUACAUUUCAGGCGAUUUCUGUGAAUGCGAUGACAGAGACUGUGACAAACAUGACGGUCUCAUUUGCACAGGCAACGGUGUUUGUAGCUGUGGAAACUGUGAGUGCUGGGAAGGAUGGAAUGGAAAUGCUUGUGAAAUCUGGCUGGGGAGAGAAUACCCUUAAUGCAGGGUGUCAAAGACUGAGGAGGUUUUUUUGUUUGUUUUUCUUUAGGAUGCUAGAACAUUUAAUUUCAGAAGUGCUCAGUGUGUGGGUGUGGGUGUGCAUGUAAGCACACAUACAUGGUUUUAAGUACCUUAGAACACGUCUGAGGACCUGCUCCUUAAAGAAAUGCAUCAAAAAAACUAAAAAAGGGAGCAGGACAACCCCAGCUCUAGAGGGUGAAGUCAUAAAAUACCGGCCCUGUGGAACUCCUCCAGAGUUUUUUUUGUAAAUUCAGUGGAACUGAGAUUAUAUCUAUAAUGCUUGUUUCUUUAAGCAACCUUUGGAAAGAGCAUAAGGAAGCCUUUUUUAACAUUAUUUACUUGGUCAUCACCUCUCCUUGUCAAUCUUAACAAUACCCCUGUAGAGGAGUAACACUAGCUGAAUAUUUGUCAAAUAACUACUUUGAUUAAUUUUAUGGUGUUGGAAAAAUACAUUAUUUGACCUUUUUUUCUUUCUAACAAUCCUGAUUAUGCACCAGCUCAUAAAUUGAAAGAAGCUGUAAAGAAGCCUAUAAAAACAUUAGUGAUUUUUUGUUUGGUAAAAUAAUUAUCUGAGAUCCAGUUACAAGACACUCAUAAACUGAAGACCCAAAAUGUUUGAACAGACCCUUUUCCACAAAAAAUCUUAGUUUCUGUGGUUAAUGUGUCAGUAAGUUGGUUAUCUAAUCUACAUACUACAAUACUUUCAAGUACAUAACCUAUGGGAACAUAAGGAAGGAAACUAAUAAAGAUAUAAAUGUAUGAUUGCCUAUUCUGAAUAUGUAUUCUGCAACUCAUAUAUACUUCUAUCAUACUGUUCUGUGUAGUACAGUUGCCUCUUAAAAGUAAAGUAAAUGAAAAUUUGUUAUAUUGAAAAUGAAAAUAUGUCACUUUCAGGAUGAAAAUUCUGUCUACUAUUCAAAAUCACUGUUUAGAACAGAUUACACUGUCACACAUGGUAUUCAUUGAAUUUAACUGCUUUUAUGGAAGUGGGAAACCUGAAGGUCAACUGACUUGAAAAAUCGUCUAUGCUAUGCAGCAGCUUGGUCUCAGCCAAAGACAUUUGGACAAUGUCAACAAAGUAAUUAAAGUUUUAAUACAGUAAAUACAAACAAAGCAGUGGUAUGAACAAAAAUUUUAUUUUUAUUUUCCAAUGGUGAAAUGCUGCUCAGUGUGAAAUUCACAUUGAGUAAUGAAUGAUGCACAACUAUUGGGACUUCCCUAACUUAUUUACAUAUGAGUCUCUUAAUUUUUUGUACACAUAGAUUUGGCAGCCCUUGAAUUCUUUAGAACAAAAAGAAGAAAUA